AUGGAGUCCAUUAGCAACAUCGUCAAUAAGUCCGCCGUGGAGACUGCCACCACCACCACAGCCGCCAUCACUUCGCCAAGCGCGCCAGCUUCAACCACGAGCCUUCAGCAGCGCAUCGCCAAACGACGCCGCGAAUGGACCCUCACUCUCACAGACGGGCCCGUCUCCUCUCCCGGCCCCAAGGCAAAGUACCGUAGAUCCCGCAGCUGGAGCACCAGGAUCGGCGUCGACGCCCCGCUUAACGCAGAGCGGCAGAUUCCAGUCUUGUACGCGAUUGCCAUGUCAAAGAGCAAGAGUAACAUCCCAUCCUCCCCCACCACCUCCUCCACCUCCUCAUCUUCAUCUUCCUCUGCUAUCGAGGGUUUCGUCAAUGAUGAAUACCCUCCGGACGCCGAGGAGUACCGCAUCUGCCCCGACACAGACUCGCCUCGCUAUAAGCACGAGUCUGAUGUCGGCCUCUGGAGCGGGCCCCGUUCCUCGCCCGGCCCGAGGGCGAGGUACGCCCGGUCUCGCUCCUGGAGUUCCAGGCAGUCAGAUAGCGGGUACUCCUCGGGGGCGGACUGUGUCGUCAGCGAGAGUGAGUCUGACGACGGCUGCGCGCAUUAUACGUUUCUUUCUGGCGCGGACUAUUUCGACAGUGAGUCCGGCAGUAAGUGCUCCAAAGGCGAAGAUGAUAUCGCCAUGACCGACGUGCCUCUCAUUGGCGUUUCCGGGUAUGGCGAUAUAGUCAUGGCUGACAUCUCUCCCAUGGAAUUUCCUGGGGACGGCGACGUCGUCAUGGUCGACGCUUCUCCCAUUGGUGCUUCUGGGGACGACGAUGUCAUCAUGGCCGAAUACGAGGAUGACGAUGAGGACAUCUCGAUGGCCGACUAUGGCGGAGACGACGACGUCUCAAUGGCUGAUUAUGUCGAAGACGAUGACAUCGAGAUGUCUGACUACAGCGAGGACGUCGAUGUCGAGAUGGCUGAUUAUGGCGACAGUGAUGUCGAGAUGUUCGACCAUAUUGAAGACACCAGAACCAACGUCUUAGACUAUAGAGAUGUCGUCGAAAUCGACAGUUUCUCCGAAAGUGGCGACUCCCUCGAUGACAGUCUCAUUGUAUACAACAGCGAAUACGAGGACGACUCCGAGGACGACUUCGAGGACUUCGAACUCGCCAUGGGAUACUACAGCGACGGCGACUCCUCCUCGGACGGGGGAGAUUACCCCGACCCCGAAAUCGCCCUCGCAGACGACAACGAUGCCGCCGUCGUCACCACAUGGCCGUUGGACGGCACCACGCUCAUUCGGAACUCUCCAAACGGCUCGGGCAGGUACUCGUCUCCCGCGCUUUCUGACCGGCCUGAACCUGACCUGAUUUCGGAAUAUACACUCACCCGCUGGGUCAACGGAGUGGCCGAAAGGAUGAUAUAUGUCGACUUCGACUACUCAGACCUCGAGUGUGAUGAAGAGUUGCCCGUCGUGGAGCUGAGAUUGCCCGAGGAUGAGAAGGAUCACUACGAGUGA